AUCACAAUUGGCCACAGAUUUACGGAACUGUCAUUUGUGGAACGAGAAAGCUCGUGAACUGCGUAGUGUGAAAAUUAUUAAACAAAAUUCGAUUAGUAAUACCUCUCAAAAGUGGCAAAAAGUGACGAAAAAGUGUAGCACUAGUGGUAGGGAAGAAAAUUCGUCAAGAUGGCGAUUCCGCCAUACAUGAUACCGCCCAAUCAAUGGGCCCACAUGAUGGCAGCCCAGCAGCAAGUGUUUGCUGUGCAGCAAGCCCAGGCCCAGGCGCAAGCACAGGCCCAGGCCCAGCAGCAACAACAGCAACAACAGCAGCAGCAUCAGCAUGCACAGGCUCACAUGCACGCCCAGCAGAUGGCAGUGAACCAGAUGCAGAUGCCGCCGAUGGGACACAUUCCGCCGGGUCCACCGAAACCGGACAUAGUACUGACGGAGGAAAAGCUGCAGGAAAAAGCACAAAAAUGGCAACAGCUGCAGACGAAACGGUUCGCGGAAAAGCGCAAGUUUGGAUUUGUGGAUGCCCAAAAGGAAGACAUGCCACCGGAGCACAUCCGUAAGAUUAUACGCGACCAUGGCGAUAUGACGAGCCGCAAGUACCGCCACGACAAGCGUGUCUAUCUCGGGGCGCUCAAGUACAUGCCGCACGCGGUGAUGAAGCUGCUGGAAAACAUGCCCAUGCCCUGGGAACAGAUCCGGGACGUGCCCGUGCUGUACCACAUUACCGGUGCGAUCACAUUCGUGAACGAGAUUCCGUGGGUUAUUGAACCGCUGUACAUUGCCCAGUGGGGUACGAUGUGGAUUAUGAUGCGCCGUGAAAAGCGUGAUCGACGGCACUUUAAGCGUAUGCGAUUCCCACCGUUCGACGAUGAGGAACCGCCGCUGGACUACGCCGACAACGUGCUGGACGUUGAACCGCUCGAGGCGAUCCAGAUCGAUCUGGACGGGGAGGAAGAUGGCAGUGUGUACGAUUGGUUUUACGAGCACCGUCCGCUGAUUGGUACACCGCACGUAAAUGGGUCCACCUACCGGAAGUGGAACCUGACGCUGCCACAGAUGGCGACGCUCUAUCGCUUGGGCAAUCAGUUGCUGACGGAUCUGGUGGAUGACAAUUUCUUCUACCUGUUCGAUCCGAAAAGCUUCUUCACGGCCAAAGCGCUGAAUAUGGCGAUUCCUGGUGGGCCGAAAUUUGAACCGCUCAUCAAGGAUCAUAACGUGGGUGACGAGGAUUGGAACGAGUUCAACGAUAUUAAUAAGAUCAUCAUUCGCCAGCCGAUUCGUACAGAGUAUCGUAUCGCAUUCCCCUAUCUGUACAACAACAUGCCACACUUUGUGCAUCUUUCCUGGUACCACGCUCCGAACGUGGUGUUCAUCAAAACAGAAGAUCCGGAUCUGCCCGCCUUCUACUUCGAUCCCCUGAUCAACCCGAUCGCCCAUCGGCAUGCGGUGAAAUCGAUCGAAAUUCUGCCGGACGAUGAGGAAGAGUUCAUUCUGCCGGAAGAGGUGCAACCGUUCCUGCAGGACACACCGCUCUACACCGACAACACGGCCAACGGUAUUUCGCUGCUUUGGGCCCCCCGGCCCUUCAACAUGCGAUCCGGUCGGUGCAGACGAGCGAUCGAUAUUCCGCUGGUAAAAACGUGGUACAAAGAGCAUUGCCCACCGGGCCACCCGGUGAAGGUGCGCGUCAGCUACCAGAAGCUGCUCAAGUACUACGUGCUGAAUGCGCUGAAGCACCGCAAGCCGAAACCACAGAAGAAGCGUUACCUGUUCCGUUCCUUCAAGGCAACCAAGUUCUUCCAGACUACCACGCUGGAUUGGGUGGAGGCGGGAUUGCAAGUGUGCCGCCAGGGGUACAACAUGUUGAAUUUGCUGAUUCAUCGUAAAAAUCUAAAUUAUCUGCAUUUGGAUUACAAUUUCAAUCUGAAGCCAGUGAAGACGCUCACCACCAAGGAGCGUAAGAAGUCACGGUUCGGUAAUGCGUUCCACUUGUGCCGUGAAAUUCUGCGCCUCACCAAGCUGAUUAUUGAUUCGCACGUGCAGUAUCGGCUGAACAACGUCGACGCGUUCCAGCUGGCCGAUGGGCUGCAGUACAUUUUCGCUCACGUGGGCCAGCUGACCGGCAUGUACCGGUACAAGUACAAGCUGAUGCGACAGAUUCGUAUGUGCAAGGAUCUGAAGCAUCUUAUCUACUAUCGCUUCAACACGGGUCCAGUCGGAAAGGGCCCUGGCUGUGGUUUCUGGGCACCGGGUUGGCGUGUUUGGCUGUUCUUCAUGCGCGGCAUCACCCCACUGCUGGAGCGUUGGUUGGGAAAUCUGCUGUCCCGUCAGUUCGAAGGACGCCACUCGAAGGGUGUCGCCAAGACGGUCACAAAGCAGCGCGUCGAGUCACAUUUCGAUCUGGAGCUGCGAGCGUCGGUAAUGCACGACAUUGUCGACAUGAUGCCGGAAGGCAUCAAGCAAAACAAGGCCCGUACCAUCCUGCAGCAUCUGUCCGAAGCGUGGCGUUGCUGGAAGGCGAACAUUCCCUGGAAGGUGCCCGGGCUGCCGAUUCCGAUCGAAAACAUGAUUCUGCGGUACGUGAAGAUGAAGGCCGACUGGUGGACCAACACGGCCCACUACAACCGCGAACGUAUCCGACGCGGUGCGACGGUCGACAAGACGGUGUGCAAAAAGAAUUUGGGCCGACUGACGCGCCUGUACCUGAAGGCGGAACAGGAGCGGCAGCACAACUACCUGAAGGACGGUCCGUACAUUUCGCCCGAGGAAGCGGUUGCGAUCUACACGACCACCGUGCACUGGCUGGAAUCGCGCCGCUUUGCACCGAUUCCGUUCCCGCCGCUGUCGUACAAGCACGACACGAAGCUGCUGAUUCUGGCGCUGGAACGGCUGAAGGAAGCGUACAGCGUGAAGUCCCGGUUGAAUCAAAGCCAGCGCGAGGAGCUUGGACUGAUCGAGCAGGCGUACGAUAAUCCGCACGAGGCGCUGUCAAGAAUUAAGCGUCAUCUGCUGACGCAACGUGCAUUUAAGGAGACCGGAAUUGAAUUUAUGGACCUGUACAGUCACCUGAUUCCGGUGUACGAUGUGGAGCCGCUUGAAAAGAUUACCGACGCGUACCUGGAUCAGUAUCUGUGGUACGAGGCGGACAAGCGGCGUCUGUUUCCACCGUGGAUUAAGCCGAGCGAUACGGAACCACCGCCACUGCUCGUCUACAAAUGGUGUCAAGGCAUUAACAAUCUGCAGGACGUGUGGGACGUUUCGGAGGGCGAAUGCAACGUGCUGCUCGAGUCGCGCUUCGAAAAGCUGUACGAAAAGAUCGAUUUGACGCUGCUCAAUCGUCUGCUGCGUCUGAUCGUGGAUCACAACAUUGCCGAUUACAUGACCGCCAAGAACAACGUGGUGAUCAACUACAAGGACAUGAACCACACGAACAGCUACGGCAUCAUCCGCGGUCUCCAGUUCGCGUCGUUCGUCGCGCAAUACUACGGGCUGGUGUUGGAUCUGCUGGUGCUCGGUUUGCAGCGCGCAAGUGAAAUGGCCGGCCCGCCCCAGAUGCCGAACGAUUUCCUCACGUUCCAGGACGUCGCGACGGAAGCGUGCCACCCGAUCCGGCUGUACUGCCGGUACGUGGAUCGCAUACACAUAUUCUUCCGCUUCACGGCGGAGGAGGCACGCGAUCUGAUACAGCGCUAUCUGACCGAGCAUCCCGAUCCGAACAAUGAGAACAUUGUGGGGUACAACAACAAAAAGUGCUGGCCACGGGAUGCCCGCAUGCGGCUGAUGAAGCACGACGUCAACUUGGGCCGGGCCGUGUUUUGGGACAUUAAGAACCGUUUGCCGCGCUCGGUCACGACCGUCCAGUGGGACAACACGUUCGUGUCGGUGUACUCGAAGGACAAUCCCAACCUGCUGUUCAACAUGUCCGGGUUCGAGUGUCGCAUUCUGCCCAAGUGUCGCACGCAGAACGAUGAGUUUACGCACCGCGACGGGGUGUGGAAUUUGCAGAACGAGGUCACGAAGGAACGUACGGCCCAGUGCUUCCUGCGGGUGGAUGACGAAUCGCUCAGCCGCUUCCACAACCGCGUGCGGCAGAUUCUGAUGGCAUCGGGUUCGACGACGUUCACGAAGAUUGUCAACAAGUGGAACACGGCCCUGAUCGGUUUGAUGACGUACUUCCGGGAGGCGGUCGUUAACACGCAGGAGCUGUUGGAUUUGCUGGUGAAGUGUGAAAACAAGAUCCAGACGCGUAUCAAGAUUGGAUUGAACUCGAAAAUGCCUUCCCGUUUCCCGCCGGUCGUGUUUUACACGCCGAAGGAGCUGGGCGGGCUGGGCAUGCUGAGUAUGGGCCACGUGCUCAUCCCACAGUCGGAUUUGCGCUGGUCGAAGCAGACGGAUGUGGGCAUCACGCACUUCCGCUCCGGUAUGUCGCACGACGAGGAUCAGCUGAUUCCGAAUCUGUACCGUUACAUUCAGCCGUGGGAAAGUGAGUUUAUCGAUUCGCAGCGCGUUUGGGCCGAGUACGCGCUGAAGCGCCAGGAGGCGAACGCCCAGAACCGGCGGUUGACGUUGGAAGACUUGGAGGACAGCUGGGAUCGUGGUAUUCCGCGCAUCAACACACUGUUCCAGAAGGAUCGGCACACGCUGGCGUACGACAAGGGAUGGCGCAUCCGGACGGAGUUUAAGCAGUACCAGGUGCUGAAGCAGAACCCGUUCUGGUGGACGCAUCAGCGCCACGACGGUAAGCUGUGGAAUCUGAACAACUAUCGCACGGACAUGAUACAGGCGCUCGGUGGCGUGGAGGGCAUUCUGGAGCACACGCUGUUCAAGGGCACCUACUUCCCCACCUGGGAGGGUUUGUUCUGGGAGAAGGCGUCCGGGUUCGAGGAGUCGAUGAAGUACAAGAAGCUCACGAACGCCCAACGGUCCGGUUUGAACCAGAUCCCGAACCGUCGCUUCACGCUCUGGUGGUCACCGACGAUCAAUCGCGCCAACGUGUACGUCGGUUUCCAGGUGCAGCUUGAUUUGACCGGCAUUUUCAUGCACGGCAAGAUACCGACGCUCAAGAUUUCGCUCAUCCAAAUCUUCCGUGCGCACUUGUGGCAGAAGAUACACGAAUCGAUCGUGAUGGAUCUGUGCCAGGUGUUUGAUCAGGAGCUGGACGCGCUCGAAAUCGAAACGGUCCAGAAGGAGACGAUCCAUCCGCGCAAGUCGUACAAGAUGAACUCUUCCUGUGCGGACAUUCUGCUGUUCCCGGCGUACAAAUGGAACGUUUCGCGACCGUCGCUGCUAGCGGACACGAAGGACACGAUGGACAACACCACGACGCAGAAGUUCUGGAUCGAUGUGCAGCUCCGGUGGGGUGAUUACGAUUCGCACGACAUUGAGCGUUACGCACGCGCCAAGUUCCUCGACUACACGACCGACAACAUGUCGAUCUAUCCGUCGCCGACCGGCGUGCUGAUCGCGAUCGAUCUGGCGUACAAUCUGCACAGUGCGUACGGCAACUGGUUCCCGGGCUGCAAGCCGCUGAUUCAGCAGGCAAUGGCUAAGAUCAUGAAGGCUAACCCGGCACUGUACGUGCUGCGCGAACGUAUCCGCAAGGCGCUGCAGCUGUACAGUUCCGAGCCGACCGAACCUUACCUGAGCUCGCAGAACUAUGGCGAGCUGUUCUCGAACCAGAUCAUUUGGUUCGUGGACGAUACGAACGUGUACCGGGUGACGAUCCACAAGACGUUUGAGGGUAACCUGACCACGAAACCAAUCAACGGGGCAAUUUUCAUCUUUAAUCCGCGCACGGGACAGUUGUUCCUGAAGAUUAUUCACACGUCGGUGUGGGCCGGCCAGAAGCGUUUGGGUCAGUUGGCCAAGUGGAAGACGGCUGAAGAGGUGGCGGCCUUGAUUCGCUCGCUGCCGGUAGAAGAACAGCCGAAACAGAUUAUCGUAACGCGCAAGGGAAUGUUGGACCCGCUGGAGGUGCAUCUGCUCGAUUUCCCGAACAUUGUCAUCAAGGGUUCGGAGCUGCAGCUACCGUUCCAGGCGUGCUUGAAGGUGGAGAAGUUUGGUGAUUUGAUCCUGAAGGCAACCGAACCGCAGAUGGUGCUGUUCAAUCUGUACGACGAUUGGCUGAAGACGAUCUCGUCCUACACGGCCUUCUCGCGAUUGAUCCUGAUCCUGCGCGCGCUGCACGUCAACACGGAGCGCACGAAGGUGAUCCUGAAGCCGGACAAAACGACCGUUACCGAGGCGCACCACAUCUGGCCGACGCUGACGGACGAGGAGUGGAUCAAGGUGGAGGUACAGCUGAAGGAUCUGAUCCUGGCCGACUACGGCAAGAAGAACAACGUGAACGUAGCGUCGCUGACGCAGUCGGAAAUUCGUGACAUCAUUCUCGGCAUGGAGAUUUCCGCCCCAUCCGCCCAACGGCAGCAGAUUGCCGAGAUCGAGAAACAGACGAAGGAACAAUCGCAGCUGACGGCAACGACGACCCGCACCACGAACAAGCACGGUGACGAAAUUAUUACCUCAACCACGAGCAACUACGAGACGACCACGUUCAGCUCGAAGACCGAAUGGCGCGUGCGUGCGAUCUCCGCCACCAAUCUCCAUCUGCGCACCAAUCACAUCUACGUCAGCUCGGACGACAUUAAGGAAACGGGCUACACGUACAUUCUGCCGAAGAACGUGCUCAAGAAGUUUGUCACCAUUUCCGACCUGCGGGCCCAGAUCGCUGGCUAUCUGUACGGUGUAAGCCCACCGGACAAUCCGCAGGUGAAGGAGAUCCGGUGCAUAGUGAUGCCCCCGCAAUGGGGUACGCAUCAGCAGAUCAAUCUACCGUGUACGCUCCCGGCCCACCAGUAUCUGAAGGACAUGGAACCGCUCGGAUGGAUCCACACGCAACCGAACGAAUUGCCGCAGCUCUCGCCGCAGGACAUUACGACGCACGCCCGCAUCAUGUCGGAAAAUCCCACCUGGGACGGGGAGAAGACGAUCAUCAUCACCUGCUCGUUUACGCCAGGGUCGUGUUCGCUGACCGCGUACAAGCUGACCCCGUCCGGGUACGAGUGGGGCCACAAGAACACGGACAAGGGCAACAACCCGAAGGGCUAUCUGCCGUCGCACUACGAACGCGUGCAGAUGCUGCUGUCGAACAAGUUCCUUGGGUUCUUUAUGGUGCCGGCCCAGGGUAGCUGGAACUACAACUUUAUGGGCGUACGGCACGAUCCGAACAUGAAGUACGAGCUGCAGCUCGCCAAUCCGAAAGAGUUUUACCACGAAAUACAUCGGCCGUCACACUUUUUGCUGUUUUCCAGCUUGGAGGAGGGUGGCGAUGGUAAUGGGGCCGACCGGGAGGACAUGUUCGGUUAGGUACGGGACAGAGAGAGAGAGUAAGGGUCGUCGUGACAUUUUUAGAACUUUAGAGCUCCGCAACUUACGUAGAGGUUAACAGUAUGUGUGUAAUGUAAUGGAACGGUCAAUUCGUUCGCAUGUGUGACACUGAUAUGAUUAUAAGGGCGAAUAAUAUAUUGUACGUACGUCAAUAUAUGA